CACACACACACCUACUCUCAGCUGUUUCGAAUUAGCCCUCUACUUAAGUUGUCUGUCCGAGUUGCUUUAUCUGUGUCAGUGUUGUGUCUGGACUUGGCGAUAGAGGCACAUCUCUCAGACUCCGCAGCACGGCCGUUCGCUCAGGGUGUGGAUUGUUUGCAUCAAGGAUGUGUCCCCUCACUGGUGUUUAAAAAAUGUGACUAUAGCCAAAACGCUCAAUUCACAUGACAGGUCAUAUUAAAUAUGUCACAUUCAAUUUGCAUAAUGUCCCGUUUCUGCAAGUAACUCUGACUAGUUGGUUAUCUCCUCCUUUUUUAUAUGGGAGGAAGAUUUAGUUGAGUGAGUUUAAGUUUCAAGGUAAGACACAAGUCAUUGCAAUUUCAAACCUGCUGUUCCGGUAAGAAGAUGUUUUUAAUGAGUGGGAACAACAAAAAGCUGCAGUGUGAACCGCAGACAUUUUUCUAUGGUUAUGAAUUAGUUUGCUUCUCUCACACUUUGCUGUGCCAAACCUUUUGGCUCUGCUAGAGCCUCACAGCCACGGAUAAAGCAGCCAGUACUGUAUGCUUCGUCAGUUUGUCCAGUUGCUUCAGAAACCCUCUUCACGACACUUUAGUUGUUGGACUGGUUGUCCAGUAGUUGUUCAAGUUUGCCACAGUGAGAAAGUAAUCUGGGUUUGACCUUUUCUCUUUAGCUCUUUUUUCAUUAACUUUUCUUGUGUACAACUGAAUGCACCACUGUAAAUGUCUUGCAGGAGAAACUGUCUCCUAAUGUACACCCCUAUCUCUGAAUGUAAUGAUUAAUGCGUCUGCUCCCCUCUCUAUGUGAUACUGGCUUUUCACCCAGCCUUCGGGUGUGGACAUUUGGAACAUGUUUGACCUCUGAUGAGGUCAGAAAACACCCUUGUGCUUUUUGAGAAUAACCUCUCUGUGUUGACUUCCACUAUUAUAGUACCGCUAGGGCUGGAGAAUAAAUAAAUAAUAAAGUGACAUUUAUCGGGAUAAUUAUUUUAUCAUAUCAACAGAUUUUUUUUUGGACUUGAUAUAAUUUUUGAUCAUAUGGCCCAGUCCUAAGUUCUGCUUGGUAGCCAUGUUGACCCUGACCCACCUGUGACCCCCGUCAAACCAAGCUUCGACUUUCUCUAAACUGUCCGGUUUAUCAUGUGAAUGUCUGUGCUGGUGUAUGUGCGUGUAUAUGUGUAUAUCUUUAAAUUAAUAUCUGUGGUUCUGCUUUUAUUACGUAGCAGCUACAGGAAAUGCAGUGUAGUUUUCAUGUUUGGAUGAAGAGCUGUAGUCAAGUGGUUUGUGAUGCAUGUCAUCAAGGUCAACAGUGUUGUUUACCUCACCUGUGAAUUCAGCACUAUGCCAGCAAUACCUCAGCCGGCGGCAAAUAUGUCCAACCUACUGAGCAACAUCAGAACAGACAUGAAAUGUGGCACAAGUUAAUAUCCCAGGGAAAUGAUUUUUGAAGGUGCUUAUUUAAAUUUAAAGUUAAAAUCAUGAGUCAUUGACAUCACACAGUUGUCAUUAUUUUUUAGUUUGGAGGAAUUUGGAGUUAAACAGUUUGCGUUCAGCAUGAAUGCCUGUGAUGUUAAGAGAGAUUUGAUAUUUGGUUUAGUCACAUGUUGCAUGACCUUAGUUUUGCAUUCUUGUCAUGUGUGUGUUGUAUAUGUUGCUCAGCAGACGUGGGGAGAAAACCUCCCAGCCCACUGCUGUCUGAUCUUUUGACUCUGCAAGAAGUGAUGUCACCAGGCUGAGCAUGUGACGCCGGGGAGAAUAUUUGACGUGUGUAUGUGUGGAGCAGGGAGGCAGGCGGUCUGUGGCGUUCACCCUGACUGUCGUUUCCUCCAUAUUUGGAUCUUAAAGGCUUCCCUCCUCUGUCGUCACCCUGCUCCGCUCUGCUGUGGAUGUGAGACUGUCAGGAAGCAAGCAGCUUGUGAAUAAAACUGCAGAGCAACCCUUCACAUCAGAAGUUAUUUGAGAUUUUGAUUGGGAUAAUGUCAAACCAUUUAUACGGCGAUUUCAACAUGAUUAUCGCACCUCCUCAUUUAGACAUAUUUCCCCCUCUCAGCUCUCUUCAGUGCCUUUUUAAGGAACUUUGUGUGUCUCAUGUUGAGCAUUUAAAGAAGUCCUGGCAAUGUUUAUCAUUCCUUUUAUCGAAAGAGAAAUUAAAAAAAUGUUUUGAAAUUUAAAUGUUUUCAUAAUAAGGGGUUGUUUUAAUUGGACCCUGACUUCUGUGGAUUUUGUUAAUCAUCAUGUGAGGAAGUUGUCAGACUGCUGCUUUUUCCACUACAGUCACUGGGAAAUCCCAGAAUCCAACACUUGCCUAAAUAAGUAAAUCUUUCGAGUACGGUCUGACUUACAAUACAUGUGGGAGUAUGAAGAAAACCCACUCGACAAAGCCAAAAAAAAGUCCCAGCAUCUGGUGGAGGACUGGGCCGGUUUCCCAACACCACCACUGUGUUUAUCUAAGCCUGCAGAGCCGACGUGGCACAAGGUUUAUUUAAAGGUUUCAACAGUGAUAAACCCCUUUGGGGUUUGGAGCAGGUAUCUGCCCUGCUGUGGGCUGUAACACCCAUGGGAAAUUGAAUGUGGACUCCACCUGAGCUGUGAGCUCUGUUGUGAGUUGUGGGAAGAUGAGAUGGGACUUUGUGUGUUGGGGGGUGGAGAUAUCCGAGAUAGUAUUUAUUGGAAAGAAAGGCAAUAUCUGACAGAGCAUUUAACUAAAUUAGGUUUAUGCAAGUCUAGAAAAUAUCCAUCAGUAUCCCUUUUAGAUGUUGUUUCAUUUUGAUAUAAAUGUUUAAAAAAAAUGGAUAGAUGUGUAAAAUAAUCUUAUAUGGAGCCAUGUGUGGCUGCAGUAGGGUUCUGUCUCAGGAAGCUAGGUUGACCACCAAUUGUUGCCUCUUGAAUACUGCUACUUACUAAACAUAACUAGCUGCUGAAAAACUUAAGAAUGGUGUUUUACUUUUGAGUUGAAAUGUAGAUCUUUCUUGGUUCUUGGGGAAACUAUUUUGUAAGUGAGAAGGAUUAAUGUUUUCUCUGUCUUCUUUGAGCCUCCACAGCGGAGUGAAUUGAACUAAGUGUAUUAUGAGAAAGAGGAAGAGGUAAUGUUAAUGGGAACUGGAAGGGGUUGGUGGCAGCUAAUGUUAAUGGUUGCCUCUGGCUAUGACUACUGACCCAGAAUGCUGUGAAGAAAGACGAUGGGAUUAAACACGGGAGCAGGAGAGAGAGAGACUGUUUGAGAGAGUGAAUACUGGAGGAAGUCACAGGGAGGAGAGGGUGUCGAUGGACGUAAGCGAGAGGAGUCUCCACAAGACGGGUCAGCAAGACAAGCAAGGCAAGCAGUCCCUGACCAGUCACAGCCAAAAAUAGAUACAGAAGUAGAAGUGAUAUUUCUCAUUAGGUCUCAGAACUAUUGCAAAGGGAAGUGAACAAAGUUCAGACAAGAAAAGUUGGUGGAGGGUAUAUCCUUGAUAUGCUGGUGGUCUCUAUCCUCGCUUCUAACCUGGUUAGGCCUGAGUCUCAGAGUCGACUGGCCCUGCCAAGGUGGUGAAAGCAGGGAACCCGCCCAAAGCCAGACGUGGAGGAAAGGUUGGAGAUUUUGCUGAUGCAAACAGUUGGCCAACUCCAGGGGAGAUCGCAACCAAAGACAUGCAGAUCGAGGCAGUGACACGGACCGUGUCCUGCCCGCCGACUGUCAGGCAGGUCAGAGACUCAACGAGAUUCAGUGUCCCGAAAAGAACAAUGACCAAGAAGGAGUCAAAGGACAAGAGCAACGAGGAGAGCAAGGAGAACCUGAAGGCCAAGUCAGACGACUCUGGAGAGGAGAAGAACGGCGACGACGACUCCCAGAAGAACGGCCCGAAGAAAAAAGGAAACAAGCAGAAGUGGGUUCCCCUGAUGAUCGAGGUGAAGUCCGAGGGUCCCAGGGAGCGCUCGGCCUCCAGGAACAACAGCAGGCAGAACGAAAACCCCCGCCUCCCUCCCAACGCCAGGAACGACCUCAGAGACUGGCACAGUCAAAAGUACGAGCGUGAGUGGCGUGACGAUCAUGACGAGGUGUCAAGUGUGAAGAGCGAAGGGGCGCCGUUCCGCGGUGGGUUCAGAGGUCGUGGACGUGGAAGAGGAAGAGGCCGGGGACGAGGCAGAGGUAGCGGUAGAGGCCACUACGACUACCACUACAGCUACAAGUCCUACGACAUGAAGGAUGGACCCCACGGUCAGAAGUUCGGCAACGCUAUGACCUACUACUACGACAAUAUGAGCAGCAACGACAUGUUCUCCGUCGACCAGGACCUGCUGAAGGACUACAUCAAGAAGCAGAUUGAGUACUACUUCAGCCUGGACAACCUGGAGCGGGACUUCUUCCUGCGGAGGAAGAUGGAUGAUGAGGGCUUCCUGCCCAUCCCACUCGUCGCCAGCUUCCACAGAGUGAAGGCCCUCACCACCGACGUCAACCUCAUUAUGGAGUCUUUGAAGGACAGUAAGGAAGUGGAGGUGAUCGACAUGAAGAUCCGUCGGAAGGUGGACCCCGAGAAGUGGCCUCUCCCGGGCCUGAACAUGCCAAACAACACCCACACCGACUUCUCCCAGCUCAUAAACUGCCCCGAGUUUGUCCCGAGACAAAUGCCAGAGGAGCCCCAAGGUUCUCCAAGGGCCUCUACACCAGUGCACCAACUGAAGACUGAACCGGACAUCUCCAACCUCAAGACGAUGCCUAAGGGCCUCUCCGCCAGCCUCCCUGACCUGGACUCCGAGUCCUGGAUCGAGGUUAAGAAGAGGCCCAGACCCUCCCCGGCCAGACCCAAGGUCAGCACAGAGAAGGCCCCCUCGUUGCAGCAGCAGCAGCAGCAGCAGCAGAGGGAGAAGGACGAAUUGAUUCGUUCCCCGUUGCUGCAACCCGGCUCCACACCAAUGCCUGCUACCUCAGGAAAUAAGGACGGAGCCGAGCCGGACGAACCGGAAGAGCUGGACUUCAUGUUCGAUGAGGAGAUGGCGCAGAUUGACGGCCGGCGCAACACCUUCACCGACUGGUCGGACGAGGACACGGACGGCGAGAUAGACGACCACGACGUCAACAAGAUUCUGAUUGUGACGCAGACGCCGCCCUACCUGAGGAAGCACCCAGGGGGCGACCGCACAGGACACCACACGUCGCGCUCCAAGCUGACCGGCGAGCUGGUCAAGGUGAUCAACGACGGGCUCUUCUACUACGAGCAGGACCUGUGGGACGACACGUACGAGCCCGAGUACGCCACCAUCAAGCAAGAGGUGGAGAACUUCAAGAAGGUCCACCUGAUCAGCCGCGAAGAGUUCGAGUGCCUGACCCCCGAACCCCCUGUCGACCCCAAACAGGAAGUCCCGCCAGGCCCACCCCGACCUCAGCAGAUCCCCACAGAUGCUUUGGCAAACAAACUCUUCGGUGCCCCUGAGCCCUCCUCCAUAGCUCGCUCUCUCCCGACUACUGUGCCUGACUCACCCAACUACCGCAGUGCCCGGACGCCACGCACGCCUCGCACCCCUCACCGGAAGGACUCCACCAUGACGCCGCGCUUCUACCCAGUGGUGAAGGAAAGUCGACCUGUUGAUGCCAAGACGCCCAGGAAGAGGAAGACCCGACACAGCUCCAACCCGCCCAUGGAGUGUCACGUUGGCUGGGUGAUGGACUCCAGAGAGCAUCGCUCACGUACGGCCUCAGUCAGCUCUAACGCCAGCCCAUCAGAGGGCACUCCUGCCCUGGGUAACAUCGGCUGCACCCCCCAGUCCCUCCCCAAGUUCCAGCACCCGUCACACGAGCUGCUCAAGGAGAACGGCUUCACGCAACACGUCUACCACAAGUACCGCCGGCGCUGCCUAAAUGAGCGAAAGCGACUGGGAAUCGGCCAAUCGCAGGAAAUGAACACACUCUUCCGUUUCUGGUCCUUUUUCCUGCGAGAUCAUUUCAACAGGAAGAUGUACGAGGAGUUCAGACAGCUGGUGGUCGAGGAUGGGAAGGAAGGAUACAGGUACGGUUUGGAGUGCCUCUUCAGGUACUACAGUUACGGUCUAGAGAAGAAAUUCAGACCAGACAUUUUUAAGGAUUUCCAAGAGGAGACCAUGAAAGACUACGAGGCUGGUCAGCUUUAUGGACUGGAGAAGUUCUGGGCCUUCCUCAAAUACUCCAAAGCUAAAACCAUGGCGAUCGAUCCCAAGCUGCAGGAGUGUCUGAGCAAGUUUAAACGUCUGGAGGAUUUCAGGAUCGAUCCGCCUAUGGAGGAAGGGGGUCGCAGAAGACACUCGUCCAGCGGCGACGGUCGCCGCAGGCACCCAUCCCAGCCCUCCAGUCGGCCCCACAGCCAGGCCAGCUCAGGCCCCAGCCCUGCCCCCACCGCCCAGGGCCCCACAGCCAGGGAUGAUGCCAAACCCACCAGUCAGAAAACCCCCGCCACGGCCGCUGACCCCGCACCGGACACCAAGACGCUGAAGUAACGCCACAAACACACCGGCCCGCAUGGAUCAACUCAACCACGUCUGGAAGUCGCCGGUUCUCUCUGUGCAGCGGGAGGGGGGUGGGGGCAUCCAGCCCUUCGUUCACACUUACGUUUUUUUUUUAAUUGAGAGAGAAAGAAGAAAAUAUUGAAAAUUCUCUUUUUUUUCAGUUUUUUCAGUACCUUUUUUUUUUUAUCGAGGCAAAGAAUGGAUGAGGUAUCAGGCUUUUUUCCACAUCAUUGCUGGUUCACACGGUGGAUGUUUUGGCAGUGAUUUACUAUCCUGGAUUUUUUUUUUUCAUGUUUACCCCCCCUCUCCAUCACUGGAACCCCUCUUUGAUCGUCACGCUGGCUGAAAGAUUUUUGAUUCCUUGCCCAGAUCUCAGAUUAAUGAUUAUUAUUUCUUCGGCAUGUGGUGGGAUAGGAAAUAGUUUGAACCAGACUGAGCAUCUGAAAAGUCCCACAGUUGACUCGCUGGAGGCUGCGCUGCUCCUGACGUCCGACCGGACCAAAGUGGUUUGAACCAAGCGACUGACAUUUUCAUCCGCAGAGCCCAGAGCGAGCGCUCAGCUUAGGGCUGAAAAUUAGAAAUAUUUGUUUUACUUUAUGGCUGGACACUGAGGGGAGAAACAUUUAAGAGCCAAAUGAUAAAAAGAACGAAAGGAGAAAAAAAAGACUUGUAGCGCCCCCUCAGUGUGGACAUGAUCAUUGAAAGUUGCCUUAUUUUAAUGGUUUUACCGCUUCGAACUUGUGCCCGCCACCUUAUUGUUGAUUGUACAGCAUUGAAAUCACCCAUAUAUCUGGUCACAGUAUCCAGCAGAUGCCACUAAGUGGUGCUGUUCCUACAAAACUGCAUCCCCCUGCCUCGGUCCCCCCCUCCGUCACCUUUUCUCAGUUGUCUUCCAAGUGUCAUUGGGUCUGUUACAAGUCCAGUAAAUCUUCCCUGUGUUUGCGAGUCGUGGCUUUUUGUGCUGAAAACACUUCAGUCAGGUUGAAGUUUGUCGCCCCCCCUCCCCCCACUAAAGAUCUCUCUUUGGGUGCUUCCUGACUCUCUCUGAGCCCCUUCACCUUCCCCGACACACGAGCUGCAUCCAUCCGUUAAUCCAUCCGCUUGACAUCCAUCCAUCAGCUGACCAUCAGUGACACUACAGGACUGGAAUCAUCCAUCUGAAUUACUUGAAGAAACGAUGGUUAUGAGGAAGGGCCUUCGCUCUCUGUGCUAAAGCUCUGGAUGGAGACGCUAACGAGGUUCAAACAUUUGGCUUCAAACUUCAACUGUCGUUCGUUCGGCCGACCCACUGCUUCAGGAGGCCGACUGGGCCUCUUCUGUUUCACACACAUGUUCACACGUCAGUUACAGGCACGAAUACAGGUACAGAUGUAGCAGCCUGAGCAAGAUGAAAACUACACACACAGCUCGAUGUCUUGCCUCGUUGUGGACAAAAACUCAGACUGUAUUGUUUGCUCACACCCUGUUCUGCUCGGUCAUCUCUCUUCCUGCAGUCCGCUGAGUGGAUCGUUCAAUCUUCAUCCACCUCGAGUACUGAUGAUAUCAAAUACUGAUUUUCUUUUCCUCCGAUAAUGUAAAUGUGAAUUUGACAGAUGAAGAGAAAUGAUUACAGCUCCCUGCUACUUGUUUUAUUGUUUAUAGAACAGAUUAUAUAUUUGCCUUACACGUGUACGUACUCUAACUUUUUUUUUUUUUUUUUAUGGUCUCAUAAUUAUCUUUUAAUGCUUUUUAAUUUCAAUUUGCAGUGUUUCUAGCGUUGCUAUGAUAAAGGUUGGGUUUGUGUCAGGCUGUUUAAAAAAAAAAAAGAAAAAGAAACAUCUGUGGAUUUCAGAAUGGGGAACAUGGUUCACAUCACAAAAGGGAAAGUUGACAUCAGGUUGUUGACGUGUGUCCGUUAAAAACAAAACCUGUUAAUAGUUUUAUCACGUUGAAAUGAGUUAAUUUGCUGUUUUUGCCAAAAUGACAGCGACAUUUCCAACAUCUGUUGACGUGACCCAAAGAGUUAUCGAAUCUUCAGCCUCCAGGUUUUUGACAGUGUCAGCAAAGUUUAAAAUGGUUAAAAAUGAAGUUGGAGGAGAAUAUUGAGUCUUAAUACACAUGUUUAUCCUGAUGCAGAUGAAGUGACCCAUUUUUCAUUGACACAGCAUGUUUGCUGCAGAGUACAGUCACAAUAUGUUCAAAUGCUUUUGAGAAAUAAAUUAGACAAAGCCUGACAUUUUAGUUGAAUCUGUGUUGGACACAUGUGCCUGUUAUUAUUGUUAUUAUUUUUUUUAAGUCAAGGUCCUAUCAUCAUUUAGCCUGUUGGUUGACGUUCCAGCAGAUUGGAGGUGGAUAUCACAUCGUCUUGUCAGUGUUUGUUCACUUUCUUCCUCUAAACCCAAAAUUGUUGGAAACGUGAAAAUGCAAAGCUAUAUUUACUUUUCUUUUACUUUCAAUGUCAUGUUGGUUUAACUUCAGGGAGAUUUGGAUCAGUAUCAGAAACUUACAGUUGAUGCAUCAAGUUGUUUACUGGAGGUUUAAAGACAGAAAAAGCUCCAAACUGUUGAGGAAAGCAAAACUCUGUGAAUUUCCCAAAACCAGCGAAAGCCUGGAGCUGGUGUGGCUGCAGACAUGAUGUUCUGCCAGUAGGGGGUGCCUUCCUCCUGGGGCAGUCAAGUGACCCCUCCCUCUAAUGUGAUCAUCACCUGCCAUCAGACAUUUGGGCGUUUCAAGUGUUUUGGGAGCCGUCAGCCUUCUAUAUGAGCUUAGAACUGCUGUUUGCUGUCCAAACUAAACUGUAGGGGGCGCUACAGCCUCCAUUCAGCAGUUUCUCAUUGACGUAGCCAGAUGGCCGGACACAGGAGGGAUGAAUGAUGGACGCAGGGAAGAGAGGGAGCAACAGAAAACAAGAAAAAAGAGAAAGAACCUGAGUGGGGUUUGUGACGUUGCUGAGGAAUAUGGCUGGUUGUGAUGACUGGACACUGAAAACAGGACGAAAUUCCAUAAAGCCAUAUGAAUAAGAAAUAACUGUAUAUGAACCAUUAAAAUAGUUCAUUACAUUACAAUAUCCUAGGCUUGUCAUGAGGAAAAAAAGAUGAAAACGAGGAAAAGAACAAAAAAAUAUAUAAAAUGGAAAAAUGUAAAAUACUUGAAUGAGAUCUUGUAUAAUAUCAUUUAAUAUUCAUAAUAUCUGCUUUGUAGGCUGAUGUGAUUCGCUAUUAGUGUUAUUUGUAAUUUGUAGUAAUUAUGCUUUCCUUUAAUAAAGAAAAAAACCACAAAACGGACAAAAAAACCUCAAA